UGGCAGCUAGCCGUCCAAUCACAGGCCGUAAUGUUGAAACGUGGCCGCGCUGGUUGAAAGAUUCGCCAGCGUUUAUUUACUGUCGCUGUAACAGUAUAAACGAAAUCUUUAUUUAAUUCGAGCAGAAUUUUUUUUCUUCAGCUGCCGUGUCAAACACGUCACCUGCGGUAACUGUCUGUUCCGGGUGGCUAACGGAAGAGAAGCUAACCGCUAACGUUAGCCGUUAGCCCGCUGCUCAGUGCUGGUGAAUGUCGGAGGCUCUUGUAUGGGUGAGUGACCGUCAGCCAUGAGUGCGGAGCCGGAUGCUCUGGUCGUGGUCAACCAGCUGAGGGACCUGGCCGCCGACCCCAUGAACCGCAGGGCCAUCGUCCAGGACCAGGGCUGCCUGCCGGGACUCAUCCUGUUUCUGGACAACCCCAACCCUCAGGUCGUCUACUCCGCCCUCCUGGCUAUCCGGUACCUGGCAGAAUGCAGAUCCAACCGGGACAAGCUGAAGGGGGGGCUGGGGAUGAUGCUGAGCCUGCAGAACGUCAUGCAGAAAUCCACAACUCCCGGGGAGACGAAGCUGCUGGCGUCUGAGAUCUAUGAGCUGCUGCAGGCGGCGGGCGGCGACUCUGAGCCGGCUGAGGAGGCCGUCAGCAGCCGCCGCAAAGCCCAGUUCUUCCUGGGCUCCAGCAACAAGAGGGCCAAGACCGUCAUCCUGCACAUCGACGGACUGGACGACUGGAGCCGGAGGAACCUGUGUGAGGAGGCUCUGCUGAAGAUCAGAGGCGUGAUCAGCUUCACCUUCCAGAUGACCGGGAAGAGAUGCAUCGUGAGAAUCAGAUCAGACGUGAAGGUCGAGACUCUGGCGUCUGCCAUCGCGUCCACACAGGUGAUGAAGGCUCAGCAGGUGGUGAAAGGAGAGAACGGAGACGAGGUUUUGCUCCCGCUGGCGGAGGACGGCUCGGUGGAGGUGGAGCAGAACGCGGACCUGCCGGACUAUCUGCCGGAGGACGAGAGUCCGUCUCUGGAGCCCGACAAGGCGGUGACCCGGGUUGGAUCGGGCCAGGACGGGAACAGCUGGCUGGGUGCUGCCACCAACUUCCUGUCCCGCUCCUUCUACUGGUGACGCCGCGGAGCGUUAAACCUCCCGCCUUCUCUCAGAACCAAAACCUGCCAGCUGCCAAAUCUCACGGCGAGACAGAUCUUCUAACAGUUAGUGUGCGAACAGAACCGGCAUGAAGACGCCGUUACAGGCGAGAGGAGCCGAUCCUUCCAUCAACAAACACUUUGAGGUUUCUGUGAGACGACGGGUCCGUCCGUUGCAAACCUAAUGGUCUUAACGGACAGGAAGUGUCAACAUCAGUUCCAGGAUGUCCCUCUCUUCCUUUGACCUUUUUAUUUAUAUAUUUAUAUUUAUUUGAGUGACUUUUCUUCCUGCAGCUUAUUGAGUUCUAAAGGACGAGCAGAGUUCAGUCCGAGGUGCCUUCUCUUCCUCUCGUCCUUCUUCUUCUUCAUCAUUAUUAGCUCAUCGUAUUCGUCUCAAACAUAAUGACAAAUACUCUUUAGAUCGAAGUGUCCAAAUACUAUCCGGCUUCAUCUCACUGGAAACCCUUCAAUCCUCUUUCAUACUAAAGUAUUUAACGUGAACAAACUGUUUACAAGCUCUUCAGAAAUGUUCCUUUAAACAGCGUGUGCCACGUGAUCCCAAAGUGUUUCCUGUGGACACACACUGUCUGCAAACACUCCACGUGUCCUGGGAAACGGUUGAUUUCACUGGUCACACGACAAAGUGUGGCGACAACACGCAGCAGCUGCUCACAUGUGUUUUAUUCAACCACAAGGCGUUGAAGAGGGAGAAUGAAGCUUCAGAUGUUCCUAUAUUUGACUCUCCGUCUCUCCGUAGCCUCAAAGGUCGGCGCUGCCCAGACUGAAGCAUUAAUUGUUAUUUGAUCUAAAGCGCAGGAAUAAGAACGUGUUCUGAAUGAAGCUGCAGAGUCUGAUCGUGUUCUACAACUUACAGAGUAAACCUUUGUUUAGUGCAGAUCACCAUCAUUUUAAUACUGUUUUCAUUGAAAAUGAGAACAAUGAUGCGAAAAAUAGAAAUGUCCUCCGACAUGGUGAAUCAUCACUUCUGCAAUGUCAGGUCAAAGUUCACAUGUUGAAUAUUUAACACAACACAAUGUUUCAGCGACUGUAGAGAAGAACUUCAUGUUCACAUCCUCGUUACUCUUCUGGGUGACAGUGAAAGGAAACACUUGUUACAGCAGACCUGAGGUCAGGGCUCGGUACGGAAAGGUUGUAGGUUCGAUUCCUCACUGCUCUGACUCCAGACGGACGCCUUUACGCUGAGCUCUGCUCAAAGCUCCCUGUGGAGCCGAGUUCAUCUGGAUUUCUUGUUUUGUGACGUUUUGCACAGUUUAGUCUGAGGUUGAUAGAGUAGAAACUGUUGGACCGUGUGAGAAAGAAUUCAGCUGCAGGAAACUUCACAAGGUUCAAAACAAAGUGACAGAGCAGCUUCGUUACUGCAGGACUCACGAGAACGACUGAUUAUUUUAACAUCUUGGUUCCUUUACAGCUCGUCGAGGCGUGAAGACUGUCCGCUGAUGAUGAAGUCUUCAGAAAACACAAACGACUUUUGUUUUUUUAACUCUUGUGCCUAAACUUUAAAAGUCCUUCAAAAAAACGCCAUAAAAAUGUUAUAUAUUAAUAUUAUUUUCCACUUCAACCGAGUUAAAUAUUUUAACCAACUUCCUGAUCAGAAGAACAAAUAUUCAUUUAUUUUCUGAAUUUUAACCCUGUUUGUUUACAUGAUGUCACCGUUGUUCUUAUGAGAAAAUAAACACAUUUUGAAUUAUUUUCAUGUCUCCACAGAGUGAGAUGUGUGACUGAUAUAGUAUAAUAUAGUUUGUCAGGAAACCAUGGAAACAGCAGCUGUUCGUCCCAAACAUGAGAAAUUGUCUCAAACUGCUGGAAACAGUAAAAAGUUAAAUUCUGAUCCAGACGUGACCUGACCUGACCUCUAAUGACCUGAUAUGACCCCUAAUGACCUGAUAUGACCCCUAAUGACCUGACCUGACAUGACCUGAUAUGACCUGGCAUGACCUGACAUGACCCCUAAUGACCUGGCAUGACCUCAAUGACCUGACCCCUAAUGACCUGACAUGACCUCUAAUGACCCCUAAUGACCUGGCAUGACCCCUAAUGACCUGGCAUGACCUCUAAUGACCUGAUAUGACCCCUAAUGACCUGGCAUGACCCCUAAUGACCUGGCAUGACCCCUAAUGACCUGACAUGACCCCUAAUAACCUGGCAUGACCUGACAUGACCCCUAAUGACCUGACAUGACCCCUAAUGACCUGACCUCUAAUGACCUGACCCCUAAUAACCUGACAUGACCUCUAAUGACCUGACAUGACCCCUAAUGACCUGACAUGACUCCUAAUUACCUGACAUGACCUCUAAUGACCUGACAUGACCUCUAAUGACCUGACAUGACCCCUAAUGACCUGACAUGACCCCUAAUGACCUGACCCCUAAUGACCUGACAUGACCUCUAAUGACCUGACAUGACCCCUAAUGACCUGACAUGACUUCUAAUUACCUGACAUGACCUCUAAUGACCUGACAUGAACCCUAAUGACCUGGCAUGACCCCUAAUGACCUGGCAUGAGGAUGCUGCUGUUUCUCAGUCUGUGAGUUUGUGUGUUCUUGUACCUGAUGUGUUCAAAGCUCCGCCUCCUGCACUCUGUCCAAUCACAUCGUGAGUAGCCUGAUGUUAGCAUGACGCUUCAAUCUAAAGACUCUAUUGGCCCAAAUAUAAUACGACUGAUUGUUAGGAGCAACAUUUUAAUAAAUUGAAGGAUUUAAACAAUAUUUACACGUCAAGUUGAUGAAUCAGGUGGCGCUCGUCAAGCUAACCUCUAAGAGCUCCUGCAGGUUAAAAGACUGAACUUUUAAGUGUUGACGCUGAAGCUGUGCGACGAUACUCGUACGAUUUGAGAUGUUUCGGAAAUGUGGUCAGGCUCUCGCACAGUUGAAGCAGAGCCUCGAGUCGAUUGUUGAGAACCGUUCACGCACAGCGAGCACGUAGAUCACGAGCACGUAGGUCGCAAGCUUUGGCUUUACAUCGCAGAACCUUUACUGGUUGUAGUAGGAGUGGGUAUUAAAGUGCAUUUCUUAAGUCGUACAGCUUAAUAAACAGACGGCAGGUGGACUGGUAGAAACUAGCUAGCCUAGCAACAUUAAGCUACCAACAACCCAUAAUGCAACAGUCUCCUGACAGCGAGUGAAACAGUGAAUCCAGGUUUACACAGCGGCUGAUGUCACGUGACUGCAGGAAACGCUGUGAAGCGUGUUUACAACUUUAAACGGAUCGUCUUACGUUCGGGACAAAAUGGUAACUUGUGUUUGGAGCUGCGACAUUAUUAUUAAUAAUCUGUCACAUUUAUUUCCUCACUAUGAACUCUUGUACCUGCAUGAACUGGUCUGAACUUGUAUUCAGCAGAAUGAUUCUGAUCUGUGUUUUAUUAUUGAUGUGAUUUCUAUUGAAAUCCUGAUUGUUGAUUUUCCCUGAAACAUCUUCCAAACGUUUGUUCAGAGAAUAAAAACGUUCAGUCUGA